GUUGAAUCUUCGUUUUUGCUGAAGGCUGAUAACUUUCUCCCUUGCCCUCUGUUCUUUGGAUUCAGGAUUGGUAAUUUUGUAUGGUGGGUUGCUUAUGCCCCGCUUAGGCGUGGCUCACUCCAGCUAAGUACCCCUCUGGGCACGGCGUGCCAAGUUUGGACACAGUGCCGUUCCCGCGCGUCCCAACUGCAGCCUUUACUGUCAUCUAAGCCCAGCGUCACCGGCCGUCCAGCCGACGCGCUGCCUCAGCCACUCUGUCGAGUGCCCUGGUCCACCCGAGCGCCGACCGUGCUGGCCGGUGGCUGGAGCGAGUCCUGGCGCCCACUGACGCCUUGGCCCUCCCUCUCGUCGUCGGCAGGUGUGUCGGACCACGUCAAGUGUUUCCACUGCGACGGCGGCCUGCGCAACUGGGUGCCCGGCGACAACCCGUGGACGGAGCACGCGCGCUGGUUCAGCCGUUGCGGCUUCGUGCGGCUGGUCAAAGGCGACGACUUCAUCCAGGACGUGCUGCGCGAACACCCGCAGGAGGCGGUGCCGCAGGCGGCGCCGGCCGACACGGCCGUCAAGCGGUGCCCCUUCUCCGACGAGGAGGUCGAGAAGAUGAUGGAGAACGCCAUCUGCAAGACGGCGGUGGAGCUGGGCGUGGCGCGCGAGGCCGUCAAGCGCGUGCUGAAGCAGCGGCUCGAAUCCACCGGCGUGCCGUUCACCGACCUCAGCUCGGUGCUGGCCAUGGCGGUGGACCAAACGCAGGGCACGUAUGCGCCGGCGCCGCCGCCGCCGUCGCCGCCGACGACGACCAGCGGGCGGCGACUCCGGCAUGGGUUGACGUCCGGCUCCGAGGACGAGGACAUGGAAGCGACGAACGAGGGGUAG